CGGGUCAGCGACCGGGUCAGUUCUCUGGAUGUUUCCAGUGGAGCGAUGGAAGCGACUUUCUGCAGCAGACAGAGGCCCUGUGGUGGAGCCGCCCUCCACCUGCACCAGGAGGCCCAACAGAGCCGUAAGAGAAGGAGAGGAGGUUCUCAGGAGAACAGAGACCCAACAGAGGUUCUGCAGAAGAACAGGAGAACCCAGAACCUGAUGGGGGACCAGAGACGGCUUUCACAGACCAGAACUAGAACCACACGCUGGGCUGCACGUGGGUUCAGGUCCAGAGGAGAGAUCCAGUCCUGCAGACCAGAAGUCAGAAUGGCUUUGAUCCAGAAGACCAGAAUCCAGAACCUGGUCCAGUUCAGAGGGUCUAACCUGGACCACACAGACCAGACUGACCUGGGACCCACUGAGACCAUGCUGGACCAGAGGGAACCGAUCCAGGACAGACGGACCAGAACCACCUUUAAGGUCCGAUCCAGGUCCAGGUCCAGGUCCAGGUCCAGGUCCAGGUCCAGCCCACAGAUGCCUGAAGGACUCCUCACACAUCAGUCCACAGAGAACAGAAUCAGAACCAGCAGGUCCGAGAUGGUCCUGGAUCCCGAGUCCUGCAGAGGGGACGUCAGGUCCCUGAGAACCAGAACCAAGAGGAGGACAAAGAUCCACCCGUCUGCCUUCAGGGGCAGGGGUCAACUACGGCUGUCAAUCACUGCAGAGGCGGGACAGCUCACCAUUCACAUCCAAGAGGCCAAAGGGCUGAUGGGAAAAUCCUGUAGGUCAUGUGACUCGUACGUGAAGGUGGGCGUGGCCUCCGAGCGACAUCACAGUGUCGUGAUGAGAACAGAGACGGUUCCAAACAGCAAGAACCCUGAGUACAGACGAUGCUUCACACUGUGUAUCCAGGACGAGCUCCUCCUCAGCAGGCUGUUGGUCUCAGUCUUCAGGAGAUCAGCUGACAGGUGCAGUCAGCUGAUCGGCUGUAUGAGCUUUGGGAUUGGUUCUCUUGUCUCAUCCUCUCAGCUGCUCACUGGUUGGUUCUACCUGCUGGGGGAGGAAUAUGGGCGGAGCAAGCACCUGAGAGUGACAUCACAGCAGAGCGCACCAGUGAGGAGCCCUGGGGAGAAGGUGGUGCUAAAAGCCGACCUCAGGAGGACUCCGGACUCAGCUCCAGAACCUGAUCUGAACCGCACCAACAACACCACAGAACCCAAAGACCCGAUCAACCACAGUCUGAUCAACGUCAACUACAGCAGCUAUGGGUCCACGUUGUUCGCCAACGACAACCAGAACCAUGGCAACCGAGACACCCGACUGACGAUUCUCCUGAGGUCUAGACUGGCAUUGGACUUGGACCUGGUUCUGGCUCUGAAGGAUAGAUCUGGUCUUCUGGACCUGGUCCUGGUCCUGUUCUGCAGGAGGAUCCGAUGGACAGGUGGAUCGGCAGGAUUUGAUCUGACAUGCACACCAUCCACCGCCUGUGUCGAGUCUGCAUCGGACAGAACCUGCCUCAGGUUGGACACUCGGUGUAUUGAUCGGGUCGAUCAGCUGCUGCAGGUUCAGGAUUUACUCUCAGAAAAGGUGAGCCUCGUCCGAGGAAAAGAUGGUUUCGGAUUCACCAUCUGCUCCGACUGUCCGGUCCGAGUCCAGGCUGUGGAUCCAGGAGGUCCAGCUCAUCAGUCCGGACUCCGUCAGGGUGACUCGGUUCUGCAGCUCAAUGGACUUCCCGUAGAAACCUGGAAGUGUGUCGACCUCGCGCACGCCAUCAGGAGCUGUCCGUCUCAGAUCGUCCUGGUGGUGUGGAGAGGUUUACCUGAGCUCAGGUCAUGUGACACUUUGCUCCGCCCACCAUCACACAACACGAUGACAGGCAGGAAGUUGCUGUCUCACCCCUCCCACAGCAAACAUGGCCAACGACGGGGUCAGGGGUCAGGGGUCCGGUCCAGUCUGGGGGCUCUGGGUUCUCUAUGGAGGGACCGGAAGGAGGACCGCGAGGAAGAGGAGGAUAAGGAUGAAGACCAGGAGGCCACUGAGUUCUCACGUCACACCACCACACUAAAGGGCACCCGAGUGACAUCAUCAAAUGGAGACAAUUACAUCAUCCUUUCACCUGUCAAUCCAGGAGGGCAGCUCCUGCAGCCAGUUUUCCAUGACAGGAACGGAACGAUCGGUCGUCUGUACCAGACUCACCCCAGCAGAGGUCAGGACCUCCUCCAUGACCCUCGACCUGGGUCGUCACGGCGACCGUUUACCAGCCACACUUCCACCCUGCCCCCCCCUCCCACCUCCUCCUCCUCAUCAUCAUCGGCUCCACCCAGUAACUACGGCAACUACCAGAACUGCACUAUCGUCCAAUCACAUCUGCCCUGCUCUGGAUACGGAACCUACGUCACCCUGGCACCCAAAACCCUCAUCUUCCCCAUCUUUGUUCAGCCUCUGGAUCUCUGCAGCCCAGAAAGAACCCUGCUGAUGUCAGAAGAAAUGGUUCUACACCAGGCAGACCUGCUGCCCGCCAAGGUGACAGUAUUGAUCUACAGUGACCUCCUGCUGCUGACCAGAGAGGAUGAAGCUGGACGCUGUAACGUCCUACAGAGUCCAGUGUACCUGAACACACUGCAGCUCAGAGACGUGCCGUCGGAGCCGCUGCACAUCUACCUGCUGCAGAACUCUCAGAGCUGCUGCCGAGUUCUGUUCAGUCUGGAGGCCUUCAGCGUCGAGCAGAAGGUCCGAGUCACCCUCUGUCUCCAUGACAACAUGCAGCUGGUGGCCACGGAGACCGGACACAGCCGCCAGGUACGGCAGCGAUGCGUUGCACUGUUCUUCCACAGAUUGCUGCCAACAGAACUGGAUAAGAACCAAAGGCUCAAGUCCAACAACCAGAACCGUCCUCCACCUGGUUCUGAUCCUUCACCUGUCACGAUGGGGGAUCGCGAAACCCAGGAGGGGAGGAAGAGGAGGCGAGAGGAGGAGGAAGAGCGGCAGCAGGGGGAGGGGGAGAGCGCAUCGGAGACGUCAGAGCAUGUGGGAGGAGUCUGGGGGCGUGGCCUUCCACUCAGCCCCACCCGUUUCAACAUGGAGGAGGAGAGUGAUGACGACAAUGAGAACGAGGAGGAGGAGCUCCGCUGCAGAGCUGCAGUCCUGCGACGUUCAUUCUCCGAGGGUUCCCUGCUGCAGGAACCUCGCUCGCCCCGGUUCUUGUCUGACAGCACUAUACACCGCCUCACCCGCCCUGUGACCUUUGACCUCGACUCAGGCCCCACCCCCCAGCUGCCCUCCCCCCACACCCUGAGGAAUCAGCUGACCCGAGAGGGCGGGUCCCUGCACCACAUGAUGCUGCUGCUCAACGGAACCAAGGCUACAGACUCCAGGAACCGUCAGCUGAGGAAGAAGACCAAGAUACUGGCAGCUGAUGUUCGGAGCCGCCUGGCGUUUCUAAGGAGACGGAAAAACAGUACUGGUUACCACGGUAACAGUUUGGAGAAAGCUCUUAGAAACAACAGACCGUCUGCUGGUGAGGUGCUGAGCUGGGCAGAGAGCCUGGAGGCCCUGCUGACCAAUCAGUAUGGUCUGGCAGUGUUCCGUCAUUUCCUGAGGUCGGAGUUCAGUGAGGAGAACCUGGACUUCUGGUUGGCUGUUGAAAAGUAUAAGAAGACAUGCCCCUUCAGCAAGAUGGCCGCCAGAGCAGCAAAAAUCUAUGAUGAGUUUAUUUCUACAAGUGCAUCAAGACAGGUCAACGUGGACUCGUCCGUCAGAGAAUCGACGACUCAGAGCCUGCAUCUGGGCAUUAGCCACGCCUCCUUCCAGCUAGCCCAGGAUCAGAUCUUUGGCCUGAUGGAAACAGAUAGCUACCCACGAUUCCUUAAGUCCCGCCUCUACGCCCAGUUGGCCAAUGACAGCACUCACACAGCCAGCUGGAGUGUAGCUGUCAGCCAGUCCUGAGGGAGGAGGAGCAGGGGGAGGGCCAGGCUGUUGGAGCCUCUGAUUGGCCUAAAAUUGUAGCCAGCUGCAGUAUAGGAAAUGUAGGAUCAGUGGCUUUGGACUGAAAGCUCCUUAAUCAGUUUCUCACAGAAAAUAUCAGUUUGUGUUUUUAAGAAGUGACUUUAUUAUAUUUUAACAAUCAGUUUAAUUACACUGAGUCACGUUCGUUAAAAACUAAAUCUGUUUCUAAAGAGUCGUAUUUAACGUCUUCCUGUGAAGUAAACAGAAUGUCAGGUCACCACCAGACCUGUUCUGUUACACAACCUAACGUUUGCUAUGAAGUAGGUUUUAACCACGAAGCUGUAAACGUGUUUUCUGUUGGAACAAUAAACGGAGUAGAAGCAGCU